AUGAGCAGGGCUCUUUUGCGAGGGGCUGCGUGCCAGACCUGUCGGCAUGAGGUGCUACGGUCCUUUGUUUCUGUCUCCGGCAUUCCAAUGCCACGAUCCUCGCCUCUUUCCUCCCGUUCGAUCUCCAACGCUAGAGCUUUCUCCGCUGCAACUUGGCUGCGGUCUGAUCGCCCUCCAACUUCGAACCAGCUUGACAUUCGUCUGUCGGAAUCAGAAGAGUCAUCGGCACCCUCGGAAGCCAAUACACCAGCCUCAUCACAGCAUGUCCCUUGGUAUCUGCAGGAAGAGGCGCCAAUCAUUAAGGAGCGCCCAUUGACCGAAGCCCAUCUUCCCCAGAUCCCAGACGAUUCCCCAGAGAUGCUCUCGACUCUACUGGAGUACACGUAUAAGGACUUGGGCUUGGAUGGUCUCAAGCUUUUUGACCUACGCGGCCUCGAAAUCCCUGCAGCUCUCGGUGCUAAUGUCAUCAUGAUUAUUGGAACUGCUCGCAGUGUGAAGCAUUUGAACGUGUCUGCAGAUCGUCUCUGUCGCUGGCUGAGAAGUCAAUACAAGUUGUCCCCCUAUGCCGACGGCUUACUUGGACGCAACGAGUUGAAGAUCAAACUCCGUCGCAAGGCCAAGCGAGCGCGCGCCGCCAGUGCAGCAGGCGCAAUGGUCGACGAAAAGGAUGAUGGUAUCACCACAGGAUGGAUUUGUGUAAAUGCGGGUAUGGUGGAUAAAGGCGCUACUACAACCCAAUUGAGCGAUGUUGGAAUUGAGGGAUUUGGUAGUCUUGACCUUGGGACUAGUGUGGUUGUCCAGAUCUUCACCGAGGAGAAGCGGGCUGAUGUUGACCUUGAUGGCCUCUGGGAAGCUACUUUGGCCCGUGAAGGGCGCAAGAACAUCCGGGAGAGCACAGGGGAUAUAUCUAAAACUGGUGCAGCGCCCCCCCAGGUCUAUGUCCGAUGGAUUUGGUUCAAUUCCUGGCCAAAGGAGAGGCUUUCAUACCCUGGUUUCCCUGGCAUGGGAACUUCGUCUUCCACACUUCCAGGCGGCGCGGCAGCAAUUGCGUCCCAAUUGACACCGACAUCUUUACUUCAGAUUCUCGCUGAACUUCCAGCUGAUAAUGCACGAAAUGAGCUUGGAAGCGGCCCAAAUGACCGCAAGUCCACUCUUUUUCUACGGCUCUUCCAUACGAACCACGCCGCGCGGUUUUCUGCACAGGAAAAAGCCACCUUUCGAUUGAAAUUGUUUUCUAUUGCUGUGUCUCGGCAACACCCAGCUUACACCAAGGAUGCCCUUUUUAGCACCUUCUCUGAUUUUCUACGCGACGGGUAUGACCUUCCGGAUGACCUUGGAUUCGAUGUUGUUUCUGCGCUUCUAACGCCGAGAACAGCGGGUGUUAUCACCGAACAGUCUGAGACUCAUUCAGAAGACACUGGCAUGGAGCUUGCUUUGUUAGUGCUGGAUCGCUUGAGCCUCCGUGGUGUGCCGAUUUUGAACAUGAAGGUUUUCAAUAUACUCUACCAAGCGGUCUGUUCACCAAAUCCAGCACCUUCGAGCCCGAAUGAAUUGCACCCCGAAGAGAGUUCCUCAAGUUCGACUGUGGUUCAACAGACGGAGUCUCAGAAACAAAUCUUGUCUCGGUUGUCGAAGAUACUCGCGGCUGCCAACGUUCCAUUCGACGCAGUAGAAGCGCGUCAGCUUAUGGUGACACUAUUUCAAUGUGGGGACCACGACGGUUUCUGGCGCUUGUGGCGCCAGUUUCCCUUGAAAGGUGCCAACCGUACACAAGAGGAUUACGUGCAGCUAUUCAAAUUGCAUGCCGAGUUGGGCGACGAAGUGCGAGCGCGCGAGUGUCUGUCGAUGGGAGUAGCAUUGAUGAAUCGAGAGUCCCCUGCCAUUGUGCUACAGGGUCCGAUCGUGACAGCCAUCAUGCAUUGUAUUUUGGUGGCAGACCCGACACUCCAGAACCGAGAUGAAGGAGCGUCUCCGAGCUUCUUCAUGCCACUCUGGACUGAGUGCCAGGAAGCACUUGCUCGGGAAAAUUGA